AUGAUUAAGCCGAAGACAAGAUCGAAAUCGGUGAUGGCUUCUCCCGACAUUGUCGAGAGAUGGAAUGCAGGGGGUGAUUUGAAGAAUUUCCUGAUCCGAACCUUGAUGAAGUGUGAGGGAAACAAGGACGUGUGGAAGCGCACCGUGGAGAUUCAAAUCCAGAAGAGCAAGUCCAAUGAGAUCACGGUUAUCUGUGGCUGGUAUAGUAAAGAAAAGAUGAAGUCUGUUCUGAAGUUCUCAGACAAGUACGAGAAGGACAAGAUCGAAUAUUGGGUUGAAGAGGAGACCAAAGGUACGUACAAGGUUGCCGAGUCAGAGCUUUACACAGACAAGCGCGAGAUCGAUGCUACCGAAGAUUGCGCUGAUGAAAACAACCCGUCGGAGAGCGACUCCGACGAUGACAACGAGUGCGAGUCCGAUGAUGAUGAGUCCUCGGAGGACAGCGAGAAUUCUGACAAGAAAGGGAAGAAAAGGAAUGCAAAGAAGAGCAAGAAAGCGAAAAAGGAUAAGAAGCAGAAGACCAAGCGCAGAGCCAGGGGGUCCCCGUCCUCAAAGAGCAAAGAUGACCUCGAAGAGGAAACCCCCGCCGAGGCCAUCGAGAGCGCUGGCGAGGUGAUGAACCAGCUCCUGCGUGCGCAGGCAAAGGUGGAAGCCUGUAUCGAGAAAGUAGAGAAGCUUUCGGGGAAGAAGGCCCAGACGACCUUUAGCUGCAUCAACUUGUACAAGUGCCUGACCGGGCUCCACACCUACGCCGCCACCCUCACGACCUGUCACGAUGAGAUGGCUGAAAUCAAAGCAUCCUACGCCAGCUCGAAGAAAUCUCUUGGCCAGAAGCCGCUGGACUCGAUCGAUUGUGUUACACAGUCCAUGGAGAAGCUGCGGGAACUCUUGGUCAAAGCCGAGAAGACCCUUCUGAAGAAGUCCCUGUCUCAGCAAGCUUUGGACAACAAUGGUGAUGUGAGUGAGAAGCAUGCUUGCAAACUCGCAGCAGCUAUGCAUCGGGAAUUGGAGGACAGCCUGCCUAUUGAAUCCUCGGACUUUAUUGCUCGCCUACGCAGGCUGCAUGCAACUGGUCAUGAACCCCGAGUCCCCAGCGUGUUUAAGGAGUUUGGCCUGCAAGCCGAUGUGCCCAUAUCCCACGUGAAUAUUGGGCUGAAGCAACCGCACCCCGUGCUACGAUUGCGCGAUGUUCUGCAAACCUUCAGCAAGGCUGGGAAAAUGGAACACAUCUUUCUGGGAAAUGGCCCUGCGCAGCUGAAAGAGUUUUGGUGUAAAUGGAAGCAGUUGCACCCGGAGGACGACGUAUUUUCCACCCACGACUCCUCCCGUUUGCCCAGCUGUGUGCCCAUGAUGCUCCACCUUGAUGAAGGGACAUCCCACAAGCGGAAAGGUAUUAUGGUUCUUUCGGUCCAAAUUGUUUGCGGCAAGGGGUCCAAGAAGAGUACUGGCCAUAACUUUCUUGGCAGCACUUAUCUAUCGCGGAUGCUGUUCUCUGUGCUGUUGGCGAGGACAUACAGCAGAAAGAAACACGUCCUGAACUCACUGCUGGCUGAGUGGCAGAAGGAUCUGAGUGAUUGUUACCGAAAUGGUAUUGAAGUUUCAGGGGUUCCUGGGGUCACGAAGAUGUGGCCUGUGAUCCUGGCAUGCAAGGGAGACUGGCCAGCACUUACAAAAGCUGGCGGGUUGCUGCGACACCACUUGAGGGACGCCCCAAACUCUGACAACCCUCCCGGCAUAUGCCACCUUUGCCGCGCCGGGCAGCUUGGUUAUGCCUGGAAUGCUUUCGAGUCGGACGCCCCCUGGCUCCAUGCUGACAGCCCUCUUCCGUGGAACACUCCGUCCGCACUUACCAACCUUGCUCAAAACAAAAAGGAUCCAGCAAGUUUUUACGCCGUAGACUUGUUCCAUGUUUGCCACAAGGGAGUUGUGGCAGACUAUGUCGCUUCAGCGAUUGAAACUCGACCUACAAUCAUAGAGUCUGUAACAUUGCUGGAUCACGGCUUCUUGGGCACUGGCGGCCAAGACGUUUGCUUGAGGGUCCUCUAUGAAGAAGCCCGGGCUUGGUGUGCCAGUAACGGCGAGCACUUACACAUGAGAUGGUUCAAGGGCGCAGACACGUCUCUGCUGGCAAAGUUUGUGCUAAGCAUGUACGAGCGUCUUCUUGCCGAUUGCAGCGAGCAGGAUGAACCGCAUUUGCGAACGAUCUAUGAAGGCCUGGUCGCAAUCAACAGCUUUAUGCACUCCGUCUAUCAUCAGCCUUUGUGGGUUGAACCUGCUGACGCAGACAGGAUUGCAAAUGACGGGUUGCUUUUCAUGAGAGCUUUCAACAAGGCAGCCCUUCAAGCCCUGAGUAUGCAGCGACCGAGAUUUAAGAUCAUGCCUAAAUUUCAUUUCUUCGCACACCUCGUACAUGGCAUGAGGCGGGCGUCAAACGCCAAAGCCACAAGCCUAAACAUCCUCACGUAUUCUGUUCAGCUUGAUGAGGACUUUAUAGGAAGAAUUUCAUCCCAGUCCCGCAAUGUUUCGAUUCGUACGGUACACGAACGCACUAUCCAACGGUAUUGCCUGAACCUUGGACUCCGCUGGUAA